AGUAUCUCGGACUUUUCUUGAGUAUUCCCAACCGGCGCCACAAAUUUCACGUCGCGGUCCACUUCCGCCAGGCGCAGGGGGCCGGAGGGUCGCGGCGCGAGGUCCGAUCCGACUUCCAGAUAUCAGGCGCUUUUUUUUUUUUGAGCGCGUCCAAUAAAAAGCGCAAGAUGUGGGAGGUCCGCGCGCGUCCCGGUCUCCUCCCAUCCGCGCGGGCCGCCGCCCUCGCUGCCGGCGGAGAUAAAACAAAGAGGGCGGGCGACGCUCUCCGCCACUCAUGAGCACACCCAGGCAGCCCCCGGGAGGCCACGUUCCGAAGCCGGCCUGCGCACACCGCCCGCACCAGCGCCAGCGCCAGCGCUCCCCGCCAUGUCCGCGGGCUCCCCGAGCGAGGCGGACGACGAGCCGCUGCUGGAUGGCAUCCUCAAGUUGGCCUCGGCGGAGAGCGCCGAGGAGAGCUCCAAUGGCGAGGGGCGGGCCGCCCCGCGCCUGACACCCGCCAAGCGGCGCAGGACGGCGUCGCGCAAGGCCGCUGCCCGCCAGGCCUGCGCCGGGGAGGAGGAGGGCGACGGAGCCCCGCGGGAGGGCAAACAGGUGCAGAGGAAUGCGGCCAACGCGCGGGAGAGGGCCCGCAUGCGCGUGCUGUCCAAGGCCUUCUCCAGACUCAAGACGUCCCUGCCGUGGGUGCCGGCCGACACCAAGCUGUCCAAGCUGGACACUCUGCGCCUGGCGUCCAGUUACAUCGCGCACCUCAGGCAGGUGCUGGCCAACGACAAGUACGACAGCGGCUACAUCCACCCCGUCAACCUGACGUGGCCCUUCCUGGGCGCGGGCAAGCCCGACAACGAGCUGAAGGAAAUGCUGAGCUCGACGCGCUUAUGCGGCACCACCGCGUCGUGACCAAACAGCCGAGCCGCAUUUUGGAUCCGGCCCCCUUUGACUUUCUUUCGCCGCCUUUGGGACCGGUCGAGCCCUCGCGCGUCUCAUCGCCGCAGACUUUGGAGUGGGAAUAACGGCUGGCGGGGGAGGGACGUCACCCUCCUCCCGCUCCUCCUUUCGUUCCCGUAAAAAAACAAACAACUAUUUAAAUGCGUUGGCUUUUGUUUGUUGAAGUCACCCUUUUGUUGUCUUUGCUGGCCCAAAGACAAUCGGCCUCCUCUUUGUCAAAGCUAUUCUGCCAAACUUGUUUUUAUGUCUCGUCAAGUCAGAUGCUCGAAAUAUACGUCAUCUAUUUGUAUCAUU